CUAGAACUCAUAAUAAGAGAAGAAAUGAAACUCUCUGUCACAUCUUCUCCCUCAAGCAUUUCAAUUCUCUCUUUAAUUUGGGUUUAAAUCACCAAACCCACUUCGUGUUUUCUUCAUAUCUCUUCUGGGUUCCUCAAAAAAUCUAACCUUUUAUUAAAAAAAAAUUGGUAUCACUCACUGGCCACUGCUGAUUCCGACCAGAGAAAAGAAAAAAAUGGAUUUGGAGUUUGCUGUUAAUGGAGAAAGAUUCAAGAUUGAUUCUGUUGAUCCAUCAACGACCUUACUCGAGUUCUUGCGAUUGAAUACUCCUUUCAAGAGUGUCAAGCUCGGCUGUGGCGAAGGAGGGUGUGGUGCUUGUCUUGUAAUGUUAUCAAGAUAUGAUCAAGAGUUAGAUCAAGUGAAAGAAUGUAGUAUAAACUCUUGUCUCACUCUUCUCUGUAGUGUAAAUGGAUGUUCAAUUACAACAUCUGAAGGUCUUGGAAAUACAAAGAAAGGAUUCCACCCUAUACAUAAGCGAUUCGCGGGGUUUCAUGCCUCGCAAUGCGGUUUUUGUACACCAGGGAUGUGUAUUUCUCUCUACUCAGCUCUUUCAAAUGCUGAUAAUAAAGAGUUUACGGUUUCCGAAGCUGAGAAAUCCGUUGCGGGAAACCUUUGUCGAUGCACUGGUUACCGUCCCAUUGUUGAUGCUUGUAAGAGUUUUGCUUCUGAUGUUGAUAUUGAGGACUUAGGGUUCAAUUCCUUUUGGAAAAAAGGAGAUAGCAAAGAGGUUAUGUUGAAGUCUUUGCCUCCUUAUAACCCCAAAGAACAUCUUGUAACAUUUCCUGAGUUCUUGAAGAAGAUAAAGAAGCUUCAUAAUGGUUUGGAUCAUUCGAGGUAUCGUUGGAUAACUCCUUUUAGUGUAGCUGAGCUUCAUAAUAUAUUGGAAGAUGCUGAUUCUAUAGGCUCUUUGAAGUUAGUUGUGGGGAACACUGGGACAGGUUACUAUAAAGAUGAGGAACGGUUUGAUAGAUAUAUUGAUAUUAGUCAGAUUCCAGAGAUGUCAAUGAUCAAGAAGGAUGAGAAAGGGAUUGAGAUUGGAGCCGCUGUUACCAUAUCGAAUGCUAUUGAUGCUUUGAAAGAGGAAAGCAAAUCUUUCUAUGUUUUCAAGAAGAUUGCAGCUCAUAUGGAGAAAAUUGGCAACCAUGCUAUCAGGAACUCAGGGAGUAUUGGUGGUAACUUAGUGAUGGCUCAGAGCAGAAAGUUUCCUUCUGAUAUCACAACGCUUUUGCUCGCUGUAGAUGCAUCGGUGUAUAUGUUAAAUGGCAGGAAAACCGAGAAGAUGAGGCUAGAGGAGUUUCUUGAAUUGCCUUCGGUUUUAGACUCCAAACGCGUUCUUUUAAAGGUUGAGAUUCCAUCAUGUACUGCUGCUUGUGGUGAUGACACAGAAUUUUUCUUUAAAAGCUAUAGAGCUGCACCUCGCUCUAUUGGAAACGCAUUGCCAUAUGUGAACGCUGCUUUCUUUGCGUUAGUGUCUCGCCAAGAACCAUCAAGAAAAGGUGUAACGGUUGAUAAAUGCUUUUUGGCAUUUGGUUCUUAUGGCGGUGAUCAUUCAAUCAGGGCGGUAGAAGUGGAGAGUUUCCUGACAGGUAAAUUACUUAGCUACAGUGUUUUAUAUGAAGCUGUUGGUUUACUUAAAGGAAUCAUAGUUCCCGAGAAAGACACACCGCAUCCCGAGUAUAGAAAAAGCUUGGCUGUUGGGUUUCUUUUCGAGUUUUUCUACCCACUGAUCGAGAGUGGCCAUAGAUUACAUAAUCUUGAUACCGGGAAAUCUCUUCCCUUCCUCUCAUCUUCACAGCAAGUGUUGGAGAGCAAUGAAUAUCAACCUGUAGGUGAAGCAGUUAUCAAAGUUGGAGCAACAUUACAAGCUUCUGGUGAGGCGGUUUUUGUUGAUGAUAUACCGACUUUACAAGACUGUCUUCAUGGAGCAUUCAUUUAUAGCACAGAGCCUUUAGCUAAGAUAAAAAGCAUAAGCUUCAGAGAGAAUGUGACUCCUACUGGAGUUUUUGCAGUUCUUACUUUUAAGGAUAUUCCAGAUCAAGGACAAAACAUUGGUUCCAAGACUGUCUUGGGAACAGGACCUUUAUUUGCAGAUGAACUAACUCGAUUUGCUGGUCAAAGAAUUGCUCUUGUGGUUGCAGACACACAGAAACAUGCAGAUAAGGCAGCAACACUUGCAGUAGUUGAGUAUGAUACAAAGAAUGUAGAAGAACCUAUACUAACUGUUGAAGAUGCAGUGAAAAGAUCAAGCUUUUUCGAGGUUCUUCCAAUGCUUUACCCGGAAUCAGUAGGUGAUGUUUUAAAAGGAAUGGAAGAAGCAGAACGAAAGAUAAUCUCGGCUGAGUUGAGGCUGGGGUCACAGUACUUCUUCUAUAUGGAGCCACAAACAGCACUUGCCUUGCCAGAUGAAGACAAUUGUGUGAAAGUAUUUAGUUCAUCACAAGCACCUGAGUACGUGCACGCGGUAAUUGCUACUUGUCUUGGCAUCCAAGAACAUAAUGUAAGAGUCAUUACUAGAAGAGUUGGUGGUGGCUUUGGUGGUAAAGCUGUAAAGUCAAUGCCUGUCGCAACAGCAUGUGCGCUAGGCGCAUUCAAGUUGCAGCGUCCUGUUAAAAUGUAUAUGAACCGCAAGACUGAUAUGAUAAUGGCUGGAGGAAGGCAUCCAAUGAAAAUAUCUUACAAUGUCGGUUUUAGAUCAGAUGGUAAGCUCACUGCACUGGAGUUUACAAUGCUAAUAGAUGCAGGGUUUGAGACAGACGUAAGUCCAAUCUUGCCACGGAAUAUAAUGGGUCCGCUAAGGAAGUAUGAUUGGGGAGCUUUGUCAUUUGACAUAAAAGUUUGUAAGACGAACUGCCUGAGUAGAACGGCAAUGAGAGCUCCUGGGGAAGUACAAGGUUCAUACAUUGCGGAGUCUAUUAUCGAGAAUGUAGCCUCUUCUCUUCAAAUGGACGUUGAUGCAGUGAGAAAGAUAAACCUUCAUAGUUAUGACAGUCUUAGAAAAUUCUACAAGCAUAUUGCUGGUGAUCCUGAUGAAUAUACAUUGCCUUUACUAUGGGACAAACUGGAGAAAUCUUCUAAAUACAAGGAGAGAGCUGAGAUGGUGAAGGAGUUUAAUGUGUGUAACGUAUGGCGGAAGAGAGGGAUAUCUCGAGUACCUAUUCUCCAUCAAGUUAUGCAGAGGCCAACACCGGGGAAAGUGAGCAUUUUGAGUGAUGGUUCUAUUGUGGUUGAGGUUGGAGGAAUUGAGAUAGGACAAGGAUUGUGGACUAAAGUACAACAGAUGGUUGCUUAUGGUCUCGGUAUGGUUAAAUGCGAAGGAAGCGAAAAGCUGUUGGAGAGAAUACGGGUUGUUCAGUCUGAUACACUUGGUAUGAUCCAAGGAGGUUUCACUGCUGGUAGCACAACAUCAGAGAGUAGUUGUGAAGCUGUAAGGCUUUGUUGUGUUACCUUGGUGGAGAGAUUGAAACCUACAAUGGAUCAGAUGAUGAUUGAGAAGCUUGGUUCAGUGACAUGGAACAUGCUUAUUCAACAAGCGUAUGCUCAGACUAUUAAUUUAUCAGCGAGUACAAUGUAUAAGCCAGAGUAUUCUACUAUGGAAUACCUCAACUAUGGAGUUGGAGUCAGCGAGGUGGAAGUGGACAUUGUGACAGGAAAAACCGAGAUUUUACAGUCCGAUAUCAUUUACGAUAGCGGGAAAAGUCUUAAUCCUGCAGUUGAUUUAGGACAGAUCGAAGGAGCGUUUGUUCAAGGACUCGGGUUUUUCAUGAUAGAAGAGUACACUACUGAUGAGAAGGGACUUGUGGUGCAAGAAGGCACUUGGGACUACAAAAUUCCUACUGUGGAUACAAUCCCCAAACACUUCAAUGUCGAGAUUCUCAACUCCGGUCAUCACAAAAACCGUGUUCUCUCUUCCAAAGCAUCGGGUGAGCCGCCAUUGCUUUUAGCGGCUUCUGUUCAUUGUGCAACGAGAUCAGCUAUUAGGGAAGCUCGGAAACAGUCCCUUUCAUGGAACUACAAUGAAGGGUCUGGUUCGGAUUUUGAGUUGCCGGUUCCAGCGACUAUGCCCGUGGUGAAGUCGCUAUGCGGGUUGUAUAGUGUAGAGAAAUACUUACAAGGGAAGAUCAACGGACAAUAAAGGCAAGCAAAUCUCUCUUGCUGCAAAAUUUACAGUUUUACACAUACUAAAAUUUGUCAUUCAAAAUUUCUUUAUAGAGCGAAUAUAAAUUGUUUUGUGUACAUCUUUGUGCAUAAUACCAAAACCAAAUCAAUAAAUCACUACUUGGAAUGGUUUAUAUUAUGCUUUUCCGAAACUAAAAUGUUCUGUUAAAUAUGUAUGGUUUAAUGAACUUUAACACUCUAA